AUGAGUGAAAUUGAAUCACAAUCAGACUUUUUUUCCGACGAUGAAACAGAUGAGGAACAUCAAAUGUUCUUAAGGUCAAAAGGAAAAAAAUUGCAUACAUAUGUAACAACUACUGAAAAAGAAGGUUCUGACCUGGAUGAGGAAGAGGAGGAGAGUGACGACGGCAACGGAGAUGAACAUAGAGAUAACGGGGAUAAAGAAGACAAAGAGGACUACAAAAAUGAUGAAGAACUAGAUAAGCACCCAAGUGCUGAGUUGUCUGACGAAGACGAUAAGGAACAAACUCUUGCAAACACCGCCACCAUCAAUAAGAAGCUCAAAAAACUUACUCCCAAAGAACUAGAAAAAGAGCAAAAACGAAUCAAGAAAACAGGUGUGUGUUACUUGUCCAAAAUCCCACCUUAUAUGAAACCAUCGAAAUUACGAUCUGUUUUGUCGCGAUUUGGAUCCAUCGAUCGAAUUUUCCUUAAACCGGAAGAAGCUUCAAUAUAUCAUAAACGAGUGAAAUAUGGAGGUAACAAAAAGAAACGCUUUACCGAAGGCUGGGUUGAAUUUGUGAAAAAGAAAGAUGCCAAACUAUGUGCUCAAACUUUGAAUGGGAAUAAAUUGGGUGGUAAAAAGACAUCAUAUUAUUAUGAUGAUAUAAUAAAUAUCAAGUAUUUGAAAGGGUUCAAAUGGAUGGAUUUGACUCAACAAAUCGCUAAAGAAAAUGAAAUUAGACAAGCUAAAUUAGCAUUAGAUUUAUCACAACAAAACAAAUUCAAUAAGGCAUUUGUUCACAAUGUUGAACAACUGAAGAUGAUUGAGGGGAUCAAGAGAAAGAGAAAUGCAAAAGGCCAAGACAAGGAACAAGGUACACGCGGCGACAGUGCUGCUGGCACCACUACUACUGACAAUGGCGAUGAUAAAUUGAGGAGACAUUUCAAACAACGGAAAGUGACAAGCACAAGAAGUGAUGCCUCAAGUGAAUUGAAACAAAAAUCUACACCUAAUGACCGAUUAACCAAUGUUUUAUCUAAAGUUCUUUAA